AAUUUUAAAAAUUUUACAAAGAAAAUGAGUGAAUAUCCACAUGCAAAGAAAUUGGAUGUUACCAAAGAUGUUGAAAAAUUUAAAGAAAUUAAGGAUAGCAUGGCUAUGCAGUAUCCUUUUGAACUUGACCCUUUUCAACAACACGCCGUUUGUAAAAUGGAAGAAGGCGAAUCUGUUUUUGUUGCCGCACAUACAAGUGCUGGAAAAACAGUUGUUGCAGAAUAUGCUGUUGCUCUAUGUAAAAAGAAUAGAACAAGGGUUAUUUACACGUCCCCAAUCAAAGCGCUGUCAAACCAAAAAUUUCGAGAUUUUAAAUUGACUUUUGACGAUGUUGGUUUAAUUACUGGAGGUAUUAAUUUUGAACUUUAA